AUGUCUACCAUGUCUCAAGUUUACACGAUCAUUUUUCUUACACUAUUUCUCUCUUUGUUUUGCACCACAAUAGGAGAAAACAAUCUUCAUAAUAACCAACAAGAAACACAAGCUUACAUUGUUAGCGUUCGAAACGACCUCAAACCCUUAUAUUAUUCCAAUGUUGAGGAUUGGUACCACUCCAUUCUUAGCCGUACCAAUUCCAACCCAAAUGAUGCCUUGCUUCAUGUUUAUAAAACCGUCUUCCACGGCUUCUCGGCCCGGCUUAGUUCCGACCAAGCCAACUCGUUAAGAUCUCAAGUCGAAGUCGUUCAAAUCUUUCCAGAUGUAAUCUACCAACUCUACACUACAAGAACACCCCACUUCCUUGACCUCAAUACCUACAAUCGCCCACAAGGCUUGCUAAACGACUCUAACUUGGGUUCUAAUGUCGUGGUUGGAGUCCUUGACACGGGUAUCUGGCCCGAGAGCCCUAGCUUCAACGACGAAGGGAUGGACCCGGUACCACCUCAUUUUAAGGGAGUAUGUGAGGGAGGGGAGAAAUUCCCACCCUCCCUUUGUAAUAGGAAGAUAGUGGGCGUAAGAUACUUCACAAGCAUAAGGUUAAAAACUGAGCAAAAUUCAGCUAGGGACGAGGUUGGGCAUGGGACUCACACUGCCUCCACAAUCGCGGGUCGAACUCUAACAAAAAAUGUGUCCUUCUUUGGUUAUGCUAAAGGAGAAGCAAGAGGUAUUGCUCCCAAGGCAAGGCUGGCUAUCUAUAAGGUGUGUUGGGGGUCCUUUUGCACGAGCUCAGAUGUAUUAGCUGGCAUCGACAAAGCUGUAGAGGACGGCGUGGAUGUCAUCUCCCUCUCCUUGGGCGGCCUCCCAAGCCGCUACAACAACGACCCGAUUGCCUUAGGCUCAUUUGGAGCAUUCCAAAAGGGUGUUUUUGUCUCAGCCGCCGCUGGUAAUUCUGGGCCUACUUCUGGAAGCUUAUCGAAUGUCGCCCCAUGGAUGACUGUGGUCGGAGCCAGCACUAUCGAUAGAACAUUCCCAGCAGACGUUAUCCUCGACAAUGGUGAAGUUUUAUCUGGUAGCAAUGUUGAGGAAGGAGUGGUGGUUAAAUUGGCGGGUGGAAAGGGUGUCAUUAUAGCCAUGAAUGAUCCUACAAUAGAUGCCAAUGAUACUGUAAUUGGUGAAAAACCAGCCCCGGUGGUUGCCAUAUUCUCAUCUCGAGGCCCAAACAGAUUGUCUAAAUAUGUUCUAAAGCCAGACGUGAUUGCACCAGGAGUCGAAAUACUAGCUGGUUGGCCUAAUAACAUACCACCUACUGGUUUGGAAGUAGAUCCUAGGAGGUCCGACUUUAAUAUAAUGUCAGGUACUUCCAUGGCAUGCCCUCAUGUCUCGGGAUUAGCCGGCUUGCUUAAGAAUGCUCACGCGGAUUGGACCCCGACCAUGAUCCGAUCAGCCAUAAUGACAACUGCCUACAGAGGAUACCAUCAUGAGAUGAAAAGGACCACACAAAACGGACAUCAGGUAUCAUAUUGGGUGAGUGGUGCAGGACAUGUUAAUCCAGAAAAGGCAAAUGAUCCCGGAUUAGUAUAUGAUCUAACUGAAGAGGAUUACAUUCAAUUUCUAUGUGCUUCGAACUAUAAUGUGACUGAAAUACAGAUCAUGGUGAAGAGACCAGUCAGUUGUGACGAUAAGAUGAAGGUUAACCAAUGGGACUUAAACUACCCUGCCUUGGUUAUGCCAGCAGGUAAAAUGGCUGUUAGGACUCUGACCAAUGUGGAGUUUACUGCAUCAACAUACAUAGCAAAAGUUGAACAUCCUAAAGGCGUAAGUGUGAGUGUUAGUCCCCUGAAAUUAAGCUUUAAGGUGAUAAACGAGACACGGAAAUUCUCGGUUAAAGUUUCAGCAAUGAAUGGCUUUAUGCAGAAUGAAGAUGCCAUGGGUUCAAUUACUUGGACUGAUGGCAAUCAUCAUGUUACCAUACCUUUGAUUGUUGUAGUAUAA